AUGGAUGCUUAUGCGCUGCUUGUGAAAAGUCUCAAAUUAAGGUUUAGGACGGAAAAUCGCUAUGUGCGCUGUGGGCUGGCUGAGUUUUUGGGAACUGUCAUAUUGAUUUUGUUUGGUUGCGGUUCUGUGGCUCAGAUGGAGUUGAGUGGUUUUGCAAAAGCUCAGUUUCUGAGCGUCAAUAUGGCGUUUGGUUUUGCUGUCACUGCUGGAGCCUACGUCUGCGCUGGAGUCUCAGGUGCCCACCUCAAUCCAGCGGUGUCACUAUCCAUGUUCCUCCUCCAGAAGAUUACCGGGAGGCUGAUGUUGGUCUACUGCUUGGCACAAUUCCUCGGCUGUUUUGUUGGUGCCAGCCUGGUAUUUGCUCUGUAUUUUGACGCCCUUCAUGUAUACAGUGGUGGCAACUGGACAGUGUAUGGACCACAGGCGACUGCUGGGAUAUUUGCUUCCUACCCAUCAGAACAUCUGAGUGUGAUCAAUGGACUCUCAGAUCAGGUGAUUGCCACCGCUGCCUUGAUGAUCUGCAUUUUGGCCGUCAUUGAUGAAGACAAUAAUGCAGCCCCCCGAGGACUUCAGCCAUUUGUCAUUGGUCUUGUAGUUCUCCUAGUUGGUCUCUCUAUGGGCUUCAACUGCGGAUACCCCAUUAAUCCAGCCCGCGACUUGGCACCUCGAAUUUUCACAGGAAUUGCCGGCUGGGGCCUAGAAGUCUUCAGGGCUGGUGACAACUGGUGGUGGGUCCCAGUAUUGGGCCCCAUGAUUGGUGGGGUCAUUGGAACAUUUAUUUAUGAAAUGCUUGUUGGAAUUCACCACUCGGUAGAACAGAAGAAAGAGGAAGCUGAUGGAGAGGAGCAUCACCCCCCGGAGUACCAGUUGGUUCAAUCAGCGGCAUAG